GUAGCUGAAACGUUAAAGAAAGGUCUGCCAGUUAAACCAGAAAGUUACCAAUCUGUGACCAUUUAUUUCAGCGAUAUCUGUGGGUUUACUGCUUUGUCGGCUGAGAGUACCCCGAUGGAGGUUGUUGAUCUGUUGAACGACCUGUACACUUUAUUCGAUUCCAUCAUUCACCAUUACGAUGUGUACAAAGUGGAAACCAUAGGUGAUGCCUAUAUGGUCGUCAGUGGCAUCCCAAUACGCAACGGGGACAACCAUGCCGGGGAAAUAGCUUCGAUGUCUUUACAACUGCUAGAUGCUAUUCAUACGUUCAAGAUUCGUCACAAACCAAAGGAGGUUAUCAAACUCCGCAUCGGUAUACAUUCGGGACAAUGUGUAGCAGGUGUUGUUGGUCUAAUUAUGCCCCGCUAUUGUUUAUUUGGUGAUACAGUCAACACGGCAUCAAGAAUGGAGAGCAACGGUGAAGCUUUGAAGAUUCACUGUAGUGAAACCACCAAAUCCCUAUUAGAUAAACUUGGUGGUUACGUACUUCAUGAACGCGGGUUGGUAAAUAUGAAGGGUAAAGGGGAAUUACGUACGUUUUGGUUGAUAAGUGAAGAUAAAGAAGUUCGACAGCAAAGGCUCGCCGUGUUACGUACCAACAGGAGUACCCGGACGAUGUACAGCCUACAACACCCACGGACAAAUUCCUGGAAACGAAACGCAUUUAACCGCAGAUCGCGUGAAACUGAUUCUGCGAAUCUUGAUCUGCUAAGCACAACAGCGACCGCCAAUUCAAUGGUGGAACUGAAGCAAGAUGGAAGUUUUUUCGAGAUUAUACGAAAGUCUGACUGUGAAGCAAACAGCAAUUUAAUGAGUAGUGCAGUAAAUCUUGUCAGUGCCUCGUCACCUGGUACGGUCACAGGUAAAACAGCAAGCAUGAGUGACUUUCACUCUCGCCUUGAUGCCAGUGGUUGUAUUGGCGCUGGUAGCGAACGUAUUGUUGGUGGUGGCGCUGGGGGAGGUGUUUGCGGUAGUAGCGGUGCUGGUGGUGGUGGUGGUAGUGGUAGCCGUGGUGUUGGUGAUGGUGCUGAUGGCGGUGAGAGUAAGAGCGGAAAUCCUGUAACAAACUCAGAUGCGUUCAAAAGCAAUGUGUCGUUACAUCACGACUUAAAUGGUACUAAAGCACAGAAUAACACAACAGUUAUGUGUCGUGCUUGUAGCGUCAAAGAACGAAAGAGCAAUGCCAGAGAAUUCUUUGGUAAACCGCAUACGCGAAGCACUAACCUCAAUCCAGGUGGAAGACGAGGAAACAAAGUAAAUCAGGAAAGUUCUUUGAAUGAUAACAAUGAUGGCGAUUCAGCGUCGGAAAGAGAUUGUUUGUUAACGAAUCAAAUCGCUAAUAAACCUGUUGAGUCUGCAGCAAACGUUACGCAACAAGGCACAGAGCAAGCUCCUACGGAAGGUCAAACGGGACAUUACGUUGAACAAAAUUAUUCGAAAGCUAGCGCAAAACCGAAUGCAAAACAACAACAACAACAACAACAACAACAACAACAGCAACAGCAACAACAAGAGCAAUCUUCACAAACUCUGUCACCUCAGCAACAUCAACAACAACAAAAUCAAGAACCUCCUUAACAUAAAAUGCAAAAUAUGAAAGUAUAUUUUAAAAAAAGACAGAGAGAUUCAAGUCAUCAUCGCAAGAGAAAGGCCCAUCUUUAUAUCUGUUGUCUACACUUUCACAUUCUUGGAAGUUUACAUAAAACCAAAUCAAACGA